AUGAAGUCCAUUCCGCGCACGUUCGAGGCAACCCGGGGUCUCGAAUUCGUUCAGAGGCUGCCCGCUCGUGCGUCUAGGAACGGCUUCCACAGCCUGCAUCGAAGUCGGCCGCAAGGCAGCAAUCGACCAUCCCAUAAGCCUUGGAUUUCGACGAGGACGGCAAAGACAUAUGCACGGCCACCCAACCGAUUCGAGCAGAUGGUCAUCGAUGCACGGUUACAGCAUCCCAUACUGUUCCCUACGUUACUGAUCGGUGCGCUGGGCUCAGUCUCGCUGUUCACUGUGAUGGCGUAUAACGAAUACAUGAGGGGGAAAACAUCUGCAUAUCCACCGGCGGUCGAAGAACAGUUGAGACAGGCGCUACACUAUUGCCACGUGAAGCCGGAUCCCGAGGCCUCAGCGCAAUACUUUAUGGAAGCGAUCAAGAAGGCGGACGAAGUCGGGAUGGACCCUUUCGGUAAAGAAGCAAUGGGAAUCCGGAUACGCUUUGCACAAAUGUUGGAGGAAUUCGGUCAUGUGAAGGCUGCCAUCGAGAUACUCGACGGCAUCACCAAAGAUUUACAGCAGAAGCUGGCCGAGGUAGACGAGCAGUUGUCCCUCAAAUCCGACAAGCCAUCUGAUGGUGACGUUGCCAAAGCUGAACAGCGGAAAGCUUUGGUUAAGGGCAUCAUACAAAAUAAGGUCAAGGUAUCAUCAUUGUACGAAAGCGAUUAUAUCCAAGACCGAACAAUGGCAAAGCAGACUCUGUCUGAUGCAGUGGCAUUGGUCGUGAAAGAGACGAAGGAUCCACAGCUCAAGGGCUUUACAGAUGACAACGGCGCAGGUCUGACGACUGGUGAAAUCGCUGCUAUGCUGUCUCAGAUGGGCGAUCUGUACGCCACUACGGGCGAGGAAGCGAAUGCAGUGCAGGUCUACAUGCUCACCUUGCAACCACUGAGGGCUUCAUGCGACGGCAGCAGGUCGUGCAAGGAGGUCCAGGUGCUGAGUAAUAUCGCCUCCACCAUGGGCGUUGCGCUGAAAAAUCCUGGCGCCAAGGUCAACGGGAAACCAGCCACCAAAGAAGCGUUGGCUGCGGGAAGGCGAGCCGCUUUGAAAUGGGCUGACCAGGCUGUUGCCACUGCUGAAGUUGUUAAGCCUGAAGACCGUGACGAGAUAUGUGAUUUGGCGCUUCUGUCGGCGCAAAUGACACGUGCAGACCUGCUGUUAGCGAAUGGUGAGAAGAGCAAGUCCCGUGAGGUGUUCCAGAGUUUGUUGCCGACACUGAAAGAGAGGAACAUCGUCCCUCUGGUCAAGGUCGCAGAGCAAGGAUUGAAAGCCGCCGGUGGUUGA